UCGGCUUUACACUUCACUUUCCCACUGCCUGUAUUUAAAUUCCUGUCUUUUCUUCCCGCAUCCUCUAUAACUACUCCCAGGCAAACCCUCUCAAGUAUUUAUAUUCGUUUUACUCUUUACUGGACCUUCGCUAUGGGUUCUCUUAUUCCAACCCCGGGACGGUGUUUUAUGAGCGACAAUAUAGCCGGUGCGUCGCCUGAAAUUGUGCAAGCUGUCGUCGCUGCAGCCACUGGACAUGUUCCGCCGUAUGGAAACGAUGGCGUUACAGGCGCCGCUCGUCAAAGGCUGCAGGAGAUAUUCGAAAGAGAACUCGACGUAAUCCCAGUUUCGAGCGGAACAGCCGCAAACUGCAUCGGCUUGGCGUCGCUUGUCAAGCCGUGGGGCAGUAUUCUCUGUCACCCGGAUAGCCACAUCAACAACGACGAGUGCGGUGCUCCAGAAGCUUUCACAGGAGGCUCUAAACUUGUAACAGUGCCUGGAAGCAAUAGCAAGAUCGACCCCCAGUCUUUGCGCGCUGCUGUUUGUCGGAAGGUCGGUGACGUCCAUAGCGUCCAACCGUCUGUUCUCAGUAUCAGUCAGCCUACCGAGACCGGUAGUGUCUACACAAUCGCCGAGCUCAAAGAGCUGUGUACUAUAGCAAAAGAUGCAGGCUUACGCGUGCACAUGGAUGGAGCGCGUUUUGCCAAUGCAUUAGUUCACCUCGAGGCAUCUCCAGCUGAGAUGACCUGGGAGGCCGGCGUUGACGUUCUCUCUUUUGGCUUGACCAAGAAUGGCGCAAUGACAGUCGACAUAAUCAUCUCUUUUGACCCUACCUUGGCGUCUGAACUGGCCUUCCGCCAGAAGCGAGCUGGCCAGUUGGCCUCAAAAAUGCGCUUUCACACGGCUCAGAUUGAAGCCUACCUUGCGGACGGAUUAUGGCUGCGAAAUGCUCGUUAUGCGAAUGGUUUGGCUUUACGAUUGGCCGCUGGCCUAAGGAGCGUUUCUGGACCGGAGGUUUUGCAAGACCCGGAAGCUAACAUACUCUUCUGCCGCCUGGCUCCAGCCGUAAUCAAGGAGUUGCUUUGCCAGGGCUACCAGUUCUACCAUGAUCGCUGGGAGCCAGGAUCAGUUCGCCUUGUGACAUCCUUUUCACAUAGCCCAAGUAGUGUAGAUGAGCUGGUUGCGGCUGUUGGAUCAUGUUACAGCAAACUGUUGUAGAAUAGAACUGGUUUUCGGGAGGGUUAUAGGUAGUCUUGGUUAUUUUUGUAUCUUAACAUUGCAAUACAUACAAUUAUACAUCAGCU